CCCCCCUCCCCACGGCGCCGCGCGCACCCGGUGGCUGGGUCGGGCCCGGCCCGCGCGGGGGCUCCUGGGAAAUGGAGUCUGCGCCGGCGCCAUCUUUGACCGCUCACCCCGUCCUCGGGCUGUGACACCAAGGGCACAGUGAUGGGCGCAGGACAGGAGCCCCUCUCCCUCCAAGGAGCCCCCGGAGGGGACAGUGGCCACCCUGGUGCGGGUGGCUGGGGGGACCCUGCUCUCUGCCCCCCUCAACUUGGGGACUGCCCUUGCCAUGUCCCGUUGGAGAUGCUUGUCACUUGGGCCAGGUUGCCAUAAGAAAAGAGCUGCCAGGAUCUCAUCCCAGCAGAGGAGGAACCCAGGUGGACAGCAAGGUCCUUCACCUGACCAGACCUCAGGAUCAGAACAUGCUUCUGCCCACCUUCCCUACGCACGUGGAGCGUGCCAGGUGUCCCUGUCCCCCAGCCAUCUCCAUCCACACUUUGUGCCCUUGGGGAUGAUGUGUAGGAUGCAAAACCCCUGCCCGGCCUGUGAUGCUGGAGGUGCUCCAGCACAAGUCUCCCUGCCCAUGUACAGGUGGCAGCGGCUGCACCAGCUGAUUCAGCAGGCUAUCUGAAACACUUGCUCCUGGUGUUACCUUCCCUGGAGCAGGAGGCUUCUCUGAGCAACAGAGGCAUCAGCAGGCCCUUUCCCUUCCCCAUGAGGUGUUCCCUGCCUCCAACAGUGGCUACGGCUCUUGGUGCAACUUUUGCAAGAGGUUGCUCACCCAAAAUCAGCACCUCAUGCAGAGGAGCAGUGCAGGAAGUGGUUUGAAACCCAGGGGAAAAAAAGUAAUUGGUAAAAGGAACUUGCUUUGCCUUCCACCUUCUGUACAAAGGUCUCCCCAGAUAUUUGCCAUGAAGCAAGCAUUUCUGGGGGCAGUUGAGACCAAGCAGCCAUCACCAAUCUCCAUCAGCUGGCUGCGGACUCCAGUUCACCUUCAAUGAAGGCCGAAACCAAAAGCAGCCCCAAAUUGAUGCCUGCCCCAGCCAUUUUUGACCGAUGAGACUCAGUUGAAGUCCUUGGGUCAACCACGGGGACCCCAUCCUAGACCCGGGUGAGCCAAAGAGGAAGGAAGGAUCAUGAGGAAGGUGGCAGCUUAAGCCAAGCAAGAAAGGAGAAUAAGAGCUAGGCAGGACGAUGUGGUGUCUGGCAUCCUCUGCUCUGCAGUUAGUAAAUGGGAGAUCCUCGGCUGACCUGCUCCCAGUUGUGGUCCCACGGGCAUGUCUGCAGCCUCACCAUCCACCUUGGCCCAUGGGGACAGGGAAAAGGACAUUUUACCGAUGGCCUCAGCAGCUUUGUGCCAAAUUCCUGCUUCAGACCUGAAUGAGCUAGUAGCUGAAAGGGGAAGGGGCUGCUCUCCUUCCCCACCAGGACCACCUGCAGCCUGUCCCAGGCCUCUGAGAUACUCCUGGAGGGUUACCAUGCUGGUACCCACGCCCAAUCCACUGGUCUCAGGCCCCUUGGUGAGGCCGGACCUGAGUCUUUCCCUCAUCAAGGCAACAGGCCGUUUGAUGCUCAUCCAUUUUCUUGUCUGUUGGUAUGGAGUCUGCAUUGCACAUGAGUAGACACACUCUCUGGGGCGAAACUAAUACCCUACAACCAAGCCCUGCAAUUCCCCCAACCAUCUCCUUCCUGCUUCUGAUGUCCUCUUGUGCGGUGGACCCGUGGGACGUCACCCACAGCAGCUGUGGCCAGAGGAUGCUUGCUGGUCACCAAGGAUCCAGCUGAAAGCAGAAGAUUCGGUUCCCCUUCAUCCACUGGACUCCACGUGAUGCAAGAGACACCAGGGAGCCAGGGGAUGGAGCAGCGUGGAAAGCAUCCUCUCCCAGCUGCCUUCUUCAGGUCUUUGGUGUGUUUCUUCUCCAGCUGGUGAUGGUGGACUUGAUCUCAGCCUCUGCCAAGCCUACCUCUUCCUGCACCUGUGCCAGUCUGGGAGCAAAUUCUCCAAAAGUCCUUUGCUGUCAGCUGGGCAAACUAUGGGCGACAAACUAUCCACCCGUGUUGAGCUUGGGGCUGCAGAGAUCCUCCUCAUCCUAGCAGGGCUGUGUGCAUCAGGUCCUGCUGGAGUAAGGCUGGUGAACGGCCCCGACUCCUGCACGGGCCGGCUGGAGGUGUUUUACAAUGGCACCUGGGGGACAGUGUGCGAUGACCACUGGAACCUCGACGGAGCCCGCGUGGUCUGCCGGCAGCUGGGCUGUGGGGCAGCGCUGUCGGCUGUCGGCGGGGCUCGCUAUGGGCAAGGAGUAGACCCAAUCUGGCUGGACAAUGUACGCUGUGCUGGGACAGAGGCCGCCCUUUCCGAGUGCCGGGCACAGCCCUGGGGAACCCACAACUGCGGGCACGCAGAAGAUGCCAGCGUCGUGUGCUCAGGGGCACCCGCUCCAGGUUCCACCCGUACCCGGCUGGUGAACGGCUCAAGUUUCUGCUCUGGCAGAGUUGAAGUCCUCCAUGAUGGCAAAUGGGGCACCGUGUGUGAUGACAGCUGGGGCCUGGUGGACGCCGCAGUGGUGUGCAGGGAGGUGGGCUGCAGCCAAGCACUGUCAGCCACGGUCGCAGCUGCCUUUGGGCAGGGGUCAGGGCCCAUCUGGCUGGACGAAGUGACCUGUACUGGGAUGGAGACUGCCCUGUCUCUGUGCCAGUCCACAUCCUGGGGAAGCCAUAACUGCAACCACGGAGAGGAUGCUGGUGUUGAAUGCACAGAACCGACUCAGGUCCGGCUGGUGAAUGGCUCCAGCCGCUGCUCAGGGCGAGUUGAGGUUCACCACAACCAGCAGUGGGGGACGGUGUGCAAUGACAGCUGGGACCUGAAUGAUGCUGAGGUGGUGUGCCGGCAGCUGGGCUGUGGGCUGGCUGUGUCAACCCCUGGCAGGGCUCUGUUUGGGCAAGGACACGGUCCAAUCUGGCUGGAUGAAGUGAACUGCACAGGGAUGGAAGGGGCCAUCACUGAAUGCAGCUUCAAGCCUUGGGGAACCCAUAACUGCAACCAUGGUGAAGAUGCAGGUGUCGUGUGCUCAGACCCCACAGAGCUACGGCUGGUGAACGGCCCGAAUCGCUGCGCUGGGCGCCUUGAGGUUCUUCACAACCAGCAGUGGGGAUCUGUGUGCGACGACGGCUGGGACAUGGAGGAUGCCAAAGUGGUGUGCCGGCAGCUGGGCUGCGGUGCUCCAAUCUCUGCUCCAGGCUGGGCUAGGUUUGGCCAGGGCUAUGACCCCAUCUGGCUGGAGACAGUCGGCUGCCAGGGGACAGAGGCUGCCCUCACUGACUGCAGAAUCCAGGUGUGGGGCACCCACAGCUGCCACCACGGGGAAGACGCCAGCGUGGUGUGCUCAGGGUUGUUGGUGUCCUUCUUUGUUCCAGACCCGAUGGCAGUUCGGUUGGUGGACGGUCCUCACCGCUGCGCCGGGAGGGUUGAGGUGCUUCAUCAGCAUCAGUGGGGGACGGUGUGUGAUGAUGGCUGGGACCUGCACGAUGCCGAGGUGGUAUGCUGGCAGCUGGGUUGUGGGACAGCAAUCAAAGCCCUGGGAUCUGCUCACUUUGGCCAGGGACGUGAUUCCAUUUGGCUGGAUGAGGUGAACUGCACAGGGAGUGAGUUUGCCCUCUCUGAAUGCUGGGCCAAGCCGAAAGGAGUCCACAGGUGCCAGCACAGAGAAGAUGCUGGUGUGAUAUGCUCAGGUAGCUGCUGUUCCCCUGUCCGUCUGGUGAACGGCUCAAAUCGCUGCUCUGGGAGAGUUGAGGUGCUGCACAACCAGCGAUGGGGAAGUGUGUGCGAUGAUGGCUGGGACCUGGAUGACGCAGAAGUGGUGUGCCGGCAGCUGGGCUGUGGGAGGGCUGUAGAUGCUCCACCCAGAGCUCAGUUUGGGAUGGGGUACGAGCCCAUCUGGCUGGACGAUGUGAACUGCACUGGCACUGAGGCUGCUCUCUCUGAGUGCAGGGCCAGACCGUGGGGAGAGAAUAACUGCAACCACAGAGAAGAUGCCAGCGUGGUGUGCCUGGGUAAGCCACCUCCUACUCCAUUGUGGUGCAGCUCUGGAAGGAGCAAUGUUGCUCAUCUCCAGCUGGUGAACGGCUCGAGCCGCUGCUCUGGGAGGGUCGAGGUGUUUCAUAACCAGCAGUGGGGGACGGUGUGUGACAACGGCUGGGACCUGAGUGAUGCUGAAGUGGUGUGCCAGCAGAUGGGCUGUGGGGUGGCCGUGUCAGCUCCAGGAUCGGCUCAGUUUGGGCGUGGGUCCAACCAUAUCUGGCUGACUGAUGUUGAGUGCACAGGGGCAGAAGCUGCCCUCGCCGAAUGCAGGUCCAGGAUGGGGGAACCUAUUAAUUGCCACCAUGGGAAAGAUGCUGGUGUUGUGUGCUCAGACCCUGCGGUGUUGCGGCUGGUGAACGGCUCAAGCCUCUGUGCCGGGAGAGUUGAAGUGCUCCACAGGCACCAGUGGGGAACCGUGUGUGAUGACAGCUGGGAUGAAGAGGACGCUGCAGUUGUGUGUCGGCAGCUGGGCUGCGGGACAGUGGUGUCGGCCCCUGGUGCGGCUUGGUUUGGGAAAGGACACGAUGCCAUUUGGCUGGAUGAGGUGAACUGCACAGGGAGGGAGGACACGCUCGCGGAGUGCCUGGCCAGGCCAUGGGGGACACACAACUGUGACCAUGGGGAAGAUGCCGGUGUGGUGUGCUCAGGCUCUGUUACCAUCAAACCUCCGCAGCCUCUGCCACUGCUCACAUUGCUGGUCUCGAUCAUCCCUCCAGUCUUGAUGCUGGUCUGCGGGGCUCUUCUGUACCAGGGGAGGAGGCGAAUGCAAAGUAGGGCUUUUAACAUCUCCCCAGGUUUUGUGCGCAUGGAGGAGCUGGUUGUCUCUGACACAUUCAUCUCAUCGCCCGGAGAAGAGCAAGCAGCAGCCAAGGUGGCUCCUGCUGGGGAUGCUGAAAACAGGAGAGCUCAGCAGGGUCUGGUCCUGUGCUCACUUUUCGGCUGUUCCCUCAACCUGAAGGUCAAUGGCACCAGUCUUCCUCAUGCAGGGGGACUUGGCAGUGGGUCAUCAGGGAUGUUAGCUUUUGCCUGGAUCCAGGCCUGCAAGCUGACGAUCCAUGAGCUGCUGAUAGCCUUGGGCCUUCCAGUGUGCCCCAUCUCUUACCAUCAUCCUAUGCCUGUCCUCUACACUGACUUGUGUGUUUCCACUUCUCAGGGCUUCUGCUACCCAGUUACUUCCCAGCGGGCUCCCCUCCGCCUGUCAGAUGGCCCGCACCGCUGCGCUGGCAGGGUCGAGGUCUUCUACGAGGGCUGGUGGGGAACAGUCUGCGAUGACCACUGGGACCUGGAGGAUGCCAGCGUGGUGUGCCGGCAGCUGGGCUGUGGCACGGCAUUGUCCGCCCCUGGGGCCGGGCAUUUCAGGGCAGGGUCCGGUCCCAUCUGGCUGGACGACGUCAACUGCACGGGGACAGAGGUCGCCCUGUCUUACUGCAGGACGAAGGGCUGGGGAAAGAAUAACUGCCACCACGGAGAAGAUGCCGGUGUGGUGUGCUCAGGUAAUGCCCCAUGGAACUUAUAGGAGCUCCGCCUGGUAAAUGGCCCGAACCGCUGCUCUGGAAGAGUAGAGGUGAUGCAUGACCACCAGUGGGGAACCGUGUGCGAUGACGACUGGAGCUUCGCUGAUGCUGCCGUGGUGUGCCGGCAGCUGGGCUGCGGGAUGGCGGUGUCAGGCUACGGCGCAGCUCACUUUGGCGAGGGAUCGGGCCCCAUUUGGCUGGACAAUGUCCAGUGCAGUGGGACCGAAGCUGCCCUGUCCGAGUGCCUGGCCAGGCCUUGGGGUGUCAACAACUGCCACCAUGGAGAAGACGCCAGCGUUGCCUGCACAGUCACUGACACACCAGCUCAUCUGCGCCUGGAGAACGGUCCCAGCCGCUGCGCAGGGCGCGUGGAGGUGCUCCACCACCAUCAGUGGGGGACGGUGUGUGACAACGGCUGGAGCCUGGCUGAGGCGGCAGUGGUCUGCCGGCAGCUGGGCUGUGGGACAGCCGUCUCGGCUCUGGGAUCUGCCCAUUUCGGGCACGGGUCCGGCCGCAUCUGGCUGGAUGAAGUGAACUGCACGGGGACAGAAGCCACCCUCUCUGAAUGCCAGGCCAGGCCAUGGGGAUCCAGCAGCUGUGACCACCAAGAAGAUGCUGGUGUAGUGUGCUCAGACGUGGACACUUCGGGGCAGCGCCCACUGCGGCUGGUAAAUGGCUCAAAUAGCUGCCUGGGGAGAGUCGAGGUCUUUCAUGACCACAAGUGGGGGACCGUGUGUGAUGACACCUGGGACAUCCAUGAUGCUGAUGUCGUGUGCAGGCAGCUGGGCUGCGGGACAGCGCUGUCAGCACCAGGCUCGGCUCAUUUCGGGCCAGGAGUGGAUCCCAUCUGGCAGGACGGUGUUCACUGCCUGGGGACUGAGUCUGCCCUCACCGAGUGUGAGCUGAGCACCUGGGGAGAGCACAACUGCGGCCACAGCGAGGAUGCUGGUGUGGUGUGCUCAGGCACGAACCCCUUGCAGCUGCGGUUGAAAGAUGGUCCUGGUCCGUGCGCAGGGCGGGUGGAGGUGCUCUACAACGCGACCUGGCACGGGGUGUGCGGCAGCAGCUGGAGCUUGCUGGAAGCCGAGGUGGUCUGCAGGCAGCUGGGCUGUGGUCCAGCCCAGUCGGCGCCCAUCGGAGCCCAGCUCAGCCGGGAGGAUAGCCAUAGCUUGCUGGAGGGACCUCACACAGUCCUGCUCGGUGCUGGCAGGCCUACUCGGCACAGGGGCAAUGCUCUGCGGGACCCUCUUGGUCCUGUACCUGUGGACAAGGUGUGGAAGAUGGGCUGGACGCUCCCCAGACGAGCCACUUAUAAAGAAGACAGAGGACACCAGGACGUCACACGAGGCUUAGGCAGCCACGCUCCUGGUGUCAAAGGCGCAGCUGCUGAGAUCCCAGGGGGGUUCCUUCGCCUGGUGGGUGGCCCCGGCCGAUGUGCCGGGCGGGUGGAGGUACUCCACAAUGGGACGUGGGGGACAGUGUGCGACGAUGGCUGGGGUUCCCCUGAGGGCCGGGUCGUGUGCCGGCAGCUGGGCUGUGGGACAGUGCUGUCAGUGGCACCAGGAGCUCGGUACGGAGAAGGGACAGGACAGAUCUGGUUGGAUGAGGUCAACUGCACCGGAGAGGAAAGGGACCUGUCUGAAUGCCGAGCCAGGCCAUGGGGGGAACACAACUGUUACCACGUAGAGGACGCCAGCGUUGAGUGCUCAGGUAGCCCAGGACAGCAGGCUGCACAACCCUUCUCCAAUUGUCCUCUUGGGGUACCUGCAGACUCCAGCAUCACCUCCCUGGGCACCCUCCAGCUGCUCAAUGGCCCCAACCGCUGCGCCGGGAGGGUGGAGGUGCUUCACAAUCACAUGUGGGGGACGGUCUGCGAUGACGGCUGGGACCUGGCGGAUGCGGCGGUGGUCUGCCGCCAGCUGGGAUGCGGCACAGCGCUGUCAGCCACCAGUGGGGCUCGCUUUGGGAGGGGCCACGAUCCCAUCUGGUUGGACGAGGUAAACUGCACUGGCACUGAGGACACCAUCUUCAACUGCCGGGCCAGCGCAUGGGGGGACAACAACUGCUUCCACGGGGAGGAUGCUGGAGUGAUAUGUUCAGGGGUGUCCAUGGCCACCGAGCUCCGCCUGGCCAACGGUUCGACGCACUGUGAAGGCAGGGUGGAGGUCAUCCACAAUGGCACCUGGGCAGCCUUUUGUGACGAGGGCUGGAGUCUGGCCGAGGCACGAGUGGUGUGCAGGCAACUGGGCUGCGGGAGAGCACUGUCGGCAGCUGGCAGGUCACAUUUUGGGCAAGGACCCCGGCAAAUGUGGCCCAACAGCGUGAGCUGUGUGGGCACAGAGACUGCUCUCUCUGCAUGCAAGACAAAGUCCUGGGGCAACAGCACUUGUCAUCAUGGGAGAGAAGCUGGAGUGGUGUGUGCAGGUAAUUUAGAGGGCGACCAGGUCCGUCUGGUGAACUAUGGCAGCCGCUGUGCUGGCAGGGUUGAGGUGUUCCAUAACAAGCAGUGGGGGACCGUGUGUGAUGACAACUGGGACCUGCUGGAUGCCGAGGUCGUCUGCCGGCAGCUGGACUGUGGGCGAGCGCUGUCAGCCCCCGGGGGGGGUCAGUUUGGGCGUGGGGACGGCAUCAUCUGGAUGGAUGAGACGAAUUGCACUGGGAUGGAGAACAUGCUGUCUGCCUGCCGGGCCCGACCGUGGGGCAUCAAUAAUUGCUACCAUGGGGAAGAUGCUGGCGUUGUUUGCUCAGACUCAAUCAUCCCUGAGCCAGCUCAUCUCCGGCUGGCAAAUGGCUCACACCGCUGCACUGGCAGAGUCGAGGUGCUUCACCAGGAGGAGUGGGGAGCCGUCUGCAACAAUGGCUGGGAUAAGCAGGACGCCAAGGUCGUGUGCCAGCAGCUGGGCUGUGGGACGGCACUGCCAGCAUUGGAGGGGGUGGACUUUGGUGCUGGGCCCUCACGCAUCUGGCUGGACAAUGUGAACUGCCAGGGGACAGAGCCAGCCCUUACGAAAUGCCAAGCGAGCCCAUGGGGAGAGAGCAGCUGUGGCCAUGGAAAGCAUGCCAGCGUGGUAUGCUCAGGCUCAGAUGUUUCCAGCUUCGCCCCAGUCCGGCUGGUGGAUGGCCCAGGUCGCUGUGCCGGGAGGGUUGAGGUGUUUCACAAUGAGAAAUGGGGGACGGUGUGUGAUGACAGCUGGGACUUCGCGGAUGCCAAAGUGGUGUGCCAGCAGCUGGACUGUGGGAUGGUGAUAUCGGCUCCACGGCGGGCUCACUUCGGGGAGGGACAGGGACCCAUCUGGCUGGACGAUGUGCGCUGCAUGGGGACUGAGGCAGCCCUCUCCGAAUGCAGAGCCAAGGGCUGGGGUGUCCAUGGAUGCGAGCAUGGAGAAGAUGCCAGCGUGGUGUGCUCAGGUAACCAUCAUUUGUCAUGGCAUUGGGAGCACCAUGGCAAAACUUACCAUGGUCCUCCUGCACUGGAGUCUGACUCUCCUUUCCCCUAUGAGUGCAAGGUCUUGUGA